AUGCAAAUCUGGAAGUUUCCACAGGGGUUCAGGAAGAAAAACCUAUAUUUCUUUCCUUCACAUCCACCUAUAAAUCACCCACAGCUGUCCAACAAUCCUCCUCGGAACACCAUCAAAAGCGCAAUAGAAACCAUUUCAUCCGAGAAAUCCAGGCUAAUGGGUCUCGACAACCCAUUCUUCCACGCCCUCCAACAAUUGAUCGACGCCGCCGAUGGCGAAGCCGGCAACGAUAAGUCCAAUGCCCCCACACGCACCUACGUUCGGGAUGCCAAAGCAAUGGCGGCAACGCCGGCCGACGUGGUGGAGUACCCCAACUCCUACGCAUUCAUCAUCGACAUGCCAGGGUUGAAAAGCGGUGACAUCAAGGUUCAGGUGGAGGACGACAAUGUAUUGGUGAUCAGUGGAGAGAGAAAGAGGGAGGAGGAGAAAGAAAGUGCUAAGUUUAUGAGGAUGGAGAGGAGGGUUGGGAAAUUCAUGAGGAAGUUUGUGUUGCCUGAGAAUGCUAAGAUUGAUGGCAUCUCUGCGGUUUGUAAAGAUGGAGUGUUGACUGUUACUGUUGAGAAGUUGCCUCCUCCGGAGCCAAAGAAGCCCAGGACCAUUGACGUGGAGAUUGCUUGA